CCCUCAAUAUUAAGUGUAUAAUUAUUUUAAGUGACGAUGAUGAUUAUUGGUGUGGCAGUGCCAUAGGAAAUGGUCGUCUAAACGUACCAUGAACACUCCUAUACAUGUAUAAGGAUAGCUAUAAUCAUUCAGCAAAGCAACAAUAAACAUAGCCUUAUUGGAACUAUCUGCAUGUGUGGUCCAUAGAAUAUUUAAUGAGUAUUAUAGAUGGGUUGAUCAUGCAUUUUGAACUCUUAAAUUACAAAGCUGGCCUUAUACAGUUAGUCUUUGAGUCAAGAACCUGCUAUCAGUAUGGCCUCAUGCCAUUCUGUGUACCUGCAAGCCUUUACUGAGUUGUAUCCAGAUUUGAUAGGAAAUUUGAAGUCUGGAGUUUUUGAUAUAACUGAUCAAGCAUAUUCGAAGUUUCUUAUUUCCAUUGAUGUUAAGGACGAGAUCACAAGUAGAACAUCUGGUAAAACAGAAACAGAACGAACAAGAAUUCUUCUAGACGCUAUACAAGCCAAAAUUUCAGAAUCUGAUGUUUAUUACCAAUUCCUUGAAAUUUUACAGGAAGACAAAGCCUUCAAUGAAGUUGCUUGCAAAUUUGAAGCCAAAGUCCAGGCACAAGAAGAACAGAAAGGCAGCCUAUCUUCUGCUAUCGAGACACCUGGUCAAAAUCGACACGUAAAUCGAGAGUACUCUAUUCUUGUUCACAAGAAAUGCCAAUGGAAUCGAUACCUACAAGAUUCUUACACUAUGAACAAGUUUAUCAGGUUGCUUAAAAGGAAUGGUUUACUGACCAAAAAUCAGAGCAGGCGCAGCAGGAAGAGUUUUGAGCAAUUAUUUGAUUGUAUGCUGUCCCUUGUGAAAAAAGACCCCUUCAAAUUGAGAUCUUUCACUGAACUCUUGGAAACGAUUACCAGUGAGCAACUAGAGCUGGAGUCUGCAGUACGUUGUGAAACAGAACUGGCUGAUCAAUAUACAGAGCCUAAUGGAUAUCACAUACACCAGGCCAGAAACAAUAUCAAGAAUAAAACUUACUGGAAAACACUGGGUACAGUAUUCACGGUGAUACUAUUCUUUGCAAUACUCAUAGUGUACGUGUUUGUCCCAAAGAACAGCAACGCUGGCAAUGACAAUGGAUUCAUAUUACCAAAUAGUACGGAUCGGGUAGAUAAAGGUAGUAUUGAUGUUUAUAAGCAAACUAUGAGUCACAAUCUACCACGUAGAAGUAGCCCCUUCUUUGGCCGAGAAAAUAAUUUAUCUAGAUUGACAGAGAUCUUGCUGAAAGGAAAUUGUAUUAUAAAUAUCAAUGGUCCACCAGCAUUCGGGAAAUCAUCUCUAGCUGUCAAACUAGGUUGAAACUUAAUCGAAAACCACUCGGGAGUGUUUAAAGAAGUGCGCUAUAUUGAUGUUGCCACAACAAGAAUGUCGAUAUAUUUGUGCUCACAUCACUUCGAAAGUAAAAGAAGCACAAUAAACCCAGGCAGCAAGGAGCCUAACUCAGUUGUAGCUUUGAAUGAUUCAGAAUCGUCAGGCAGUUCUGGAUCGGACACCGAACCGGACAUAUGCGAGUGGUCCAAAACUCGCACGUACAGAAGUUUAUUAAUACUAGACAAUUGUGAUUUUGUUUUACAUGAAAGUCGACGUCAGGAAUUCAUUGAUUUUAUCAACAGCCAGUUGGAUAGGUGUCAUUAUGGGAAGCUAAGCUUGGUCAUAACCUCUCAGGAGCAAUUGAACUUUUUGGAUAACUGUUUUCAGAACUUUCCGAUUGCUGAACUAGAUCCAACGGAUUCUGUGAACUUGCUACGACACCAUAUUCCAAAUUUGAAUGAUGAAAUGGCUCAACAAUUUUCUUCACUCGUUGGACACUGUCCACUUGCGCUGAAAGUUAUUGAAAGACUUUUGGCAGCUAGAGGAAUUGAAAAUAUGGAGACCUUACUUAACAGUUUAAAGGAAAAGGCGUCUACCAUCUCUAAUAGAAUAACAGAUAAUAAAGAACGUUUUAGGACGAUAAUGGACGUUGCACAUUCAAAUCUUGAUAUUGAAAAUCAAGAAUGCAGUCUCAUUGUCAGUUUCUUCCAAAGUUCUUUCGAUUCGGAAAUCGGAACAACAAUCCUGUCUGGUAUUGUCAAUCCGGACUGUGUUCAAAAUAUUGUUCAAAAGUCGUUUUUAGAAGAAUAUUUUGUUGCUAGUAAAACUCGAUACACUAUGCAUAAACUUGUUCGGAGCUAUUUUCAGGAGGUACACAUCAAUGAUUCGUUUUAUGUGCAAAACCGAAAAUUAUUUAUUCAAAACUUUAUUGCCAACUAUUCUGACUACCUCAUUAGCAUUAUGAAAGAUCGCUACAAAUUCAAGAACAUAACUGAUGAAGAAAGCCACAGGUUCUUUUAUCUGGAACAUAAAAAUAUCAAGUAUUUUUCCCAGGAAUUGGUAAUUAGUGCAAUUAAAAAAAUUAAACUCAAUGACAACCAUUUGAUAGCAUUGGCCAUGCUUAUCAUUGAAAAUAUCUCAAAUGGUUGGUUUGAGAAAGAGGUAGCAUUUAAGUAUUAUUUCACUGAUCACAACUUAUAUUGGAAACUCUGCCAUUUCUCGUCAGUAGACAUUUGUUCGCAGUUUAUGUGGAAACUACUUGUUUAUAAAGGUAUUCCACAUUGUACUAGAUAUUUUGAAAACGAUCUCUCUCCUGUAUUGUAUUUUCGAAUUUUAAACUUCUUUUUAGACGAGAAACCUGAUUGUGAAAUAUUUGCUUGUAAAAACUUAACAUUUCUAACGCAUAGAGGUACGUUAUCUCUGAUUGCGGAGCAAGUAGAGAAAUCAGGAAAUGGUGAAGAAAAGCAUUUACUGUCGAUAUUAGAAACUGUACUUUUGUGCUGUACGAAUUUGUGGGUCAGAAACUCAAUACAAGUCAUAAAGUAUGCAUAUUCUUUAAUACUGAGCGCACUACCCAUGUUCAUGUCAUCAUGUGUGAUAUUCUUAACAAUGUGGUGGUUCAAAGCAGUAACUUGUUCCAGUUUCAAGGAAAGCGUAACGUUUUUGAAAAAUCAUUUUAUGUUGUGCUGUUUUCUCAACUGGCUGGAACAUACUUGCGUGCCAAAUCAAAUCAAUUUUUGUGUUUUAGAUAUCUUCAUAAUUUUACUAUUAUUAUUACUAAUUGUUAUCAUCGUAAUGGUUAAGAAUCUAAGGCCAAAAUGCAUACACCACAGGAAUGUGUAUACGAAAUGUCUUACAAAUGUUUUAGUGACGAUAGAUGUGCUUGUAAUUGGAGCAUAUGCUAGAAUUUUGUAUUUUUUUUACUGUCACUUACUUUUUUCAAUGCUUGUGCACUGCUUUGUGAUAUUUGUAUCCAAGAAAAAAAGAGUGAAAUAUACUAAAGAUUCUGACAAACAUUCAGAGCAGCUGCUUGAUGAUAGUGAUUUAUUAGAUUAUGAUUUUCUUGGAUUCGUAGUAGUACUGACGAUUGUUAUUGCACUACUUAUUGCUUUUGUGUUACCGUACUAUGCGAUUAAUGCUAUAUUCUAUUCGAUUAGUUGGCUUAGUAAUCCAACAACUGUUUCUGACAUAGGAGUCUUAAAUUGAUUAUAUUUAUGUGCUAGA